AUGGGCUAUUCAGGCAACCCGGGCGAGGGCCCUACCGAUCAAGGCGAUUCGAUCUUCGCCAUCGUUGCAUUCGUUGCCUUAGCACUAUAUAAUGCUAUCGAGCUCAACGUCAUCAUCUUUUCCACGUUUCGGCGAUUCAAGGGUCUUUAUUUCUGGAGUUUUGUUGCCGCCACUAAUGGAAUUAUACCACACUCAAUCGGCUUCCUGCUCAAAAACGUCAUCGGCUCGCACAACUACGGUGUGUACAUUACCCUCGUCGCCAUCGGAUGGGUUCCAAUGGUUACCGGUCAAUCGUUGGUUUUAUAUUCCCGACUACAUCUGAUAUUCUGGAAUAAACUCUAUCUGCGAAUGGUGCUGGGCAUGAUCGUCACCAACGCCUUUAUCCUUCACGUGCCCAUCAUCAUCCUCAUGUAUGGGUCCAACAGCUCGCCGAACAACUCUUGGGUACAUCCCUACGUCGUCUACGAAAAGAUUCAAGUCACCAUAUUCUUCUUGCAGGAACUCAUAAUAUCAGCGAUAUACAUCAAGUCAUGCUUUUCAUUUUUCGACAUCCAGAACAGCCUGUACGGGGACGGGGUGCGCAAGAUGCGACGCCACUUGCUGUGGGUUAAUGUAUUUGUUAUUCUUCUCGAUAUCCCCAUUUUAUGUUUGGAGUAUACGGAUUACUACGAUAUGCAGACGGCAUACAAGGCGUUUGUGUACAGUGUCAAGUUGAAGCUGGAGUUUAGGAUAUUGAACCGGUUGGUGGAAAUGACCAACGAGAGGCAUGACGUGGAUCCGUUUCGAGACAACUCGAGCUUGCAGAUUCAACAUGUUUCCUCGGGGUCGACGACGUGUCAGCCGCAGAGCUGA